AUGGUGGCAACAGUAAUGUCUGUGGUUGGAGAACGGAAAAAGACACCGAAAGGUUCACUUAAAGAGAAAGUGCUUCAAGUAUAUGAUAAGCUGUUUCAAGGACAAGAUAUCACUCAAGGUAGAGCGGAAUUUUGGGACGACUUUUUCCUACUCAAACCCAAUCUUAAGUGUUUGUCUGUACACUUUGAGAAAACAAGUUCAGAAGAUCUCGUUAGAUUAAAGCCUCAGCUCAACAGAUUGUUUAUACAAUGCCUUCAAACAGCUCAGUAUGAUGGACAUCGCAUCCGAGUUGCCAACGCUAUUCAGACAUUAGAUUGUUUACUGAGUGGCGUUCACAAGUGUAGAUCAUCAAAUGUAAAUGAGGAACUAAGUGCGAUACUUUUAGGACCGGAGCAUGUUAAAGAUUUUAUGGAGAACUACAUUUCUCUAUGCGUUGAACUAGUCCGAGAAGAUAAACCAGAAUUACUUCGUAGUCUUAUGUUCAAUUCAAUGAUGACAUUUGCUUCGGUUACUUCAUCUUUGAACAAAAAUCCAUUUAUUCCUAUUCUGUUAGAUGACCGUAUUUAUGACCUAAUCAUGAAUACAUUGAUCAAUCCCCAAUUAAGAUAUUAUCAUGGUGUUACUGCAUGCAGAUUUCUUGGUUUACUAUUACAACAUACAGAACCUGAUUCACUGAAUUUAUUUCAAACAUUAAUUCAACAGACAGAAGAUGAACUGUUGUUAAAUAGUAUACUGUCUACUGUCGCUCUCGCAUUGUCCGAAUUUAACUUAAAAUUUGGACAACAACGUGACAAUUCUGGUGGUAUUCUAUCUUCUUUUUCAUCUUUUUUCACUACUCUGGUCUCCGGUGAUGUUGCAUCAAUUAUUAGUUUAAGACCAUGUGAUUCACUUUUGCUAUGUCUAUAUGAAUUAGCUAGAAGUAGUCAUCAUUUCGCUAUACUUCUGUCUUAUUCUAAUGGUCAUUAUACAAAUAAUUCAAGAGAUUUAGAAAGCAUAAUUGUUCCAGAUCCUAUAUUCGAUUAUAGAAUUUUAAAAGCUAUCAGUACUGAAUCUAUGGUUGGUUAUCUGGAUCCAAAUUUAGUUUCACCCGGUAAAGCUGUCCCUGUAUCGGCUAUUACUACUAGUACUACCAAUAAUAAUAAUAAUGGUAGUAGUAUUAACAGUAGAUCAUCCAGCCCACAAAGUUUAUCAUCUUUAAAUUAUUCAACCAAAAGUGUCAAUAAUAAUCGAUUAAAUACAAUAUCAUCAUUUAGUAGUGGACAGUUUAAAAGUAAUAAUAAUAACAACCUCAAUGUGGACAUGGAUUCACUGUAUACACCAUCAUUGGAACCGAGAAAUUUAUUGGCUGACUUACUAGAAUAUUGUUCUGUUGUAAUGCAAGAUGUUAAAACUCCGGAAUCACUUAACAGUUGUCAUCUUUGCUUAAUUAUUCUUUGCUGUAUAACUCAAAAUCGAUUGGCUUGUUCCUUAUUACAUGACAUGCAAACCAGUUUUAAAGUUAGAAUACAUAAAUCCCGUUCACGUAAAUCUGAUCCGAAAAGCUACAAUGCAUUUACAAGUCGUCCGAUUGCUAUGGUUAUUUUAGACUUAAUGAUAGAAUUUGCUCAUGGACAUUUGAUGAAGAAACUUCCACAUCGUUUAUACAGACUUUGUUUAAUCGUAUGUCAAAAUUUAUUGUGCUAUCAGAAAAUGCAUAAAAUUCGUUUGGAAUUCGACUGGAAAUCACUAUGGACAGUUAUUUUAAGUUUACUGAAAUUUGUCCUCAACUUGGAUUGUAAUAAUUUACAAUUACUUGAUGCUUUGAAAUUAAUGGAAAAGUCACUUCAAAUAUUCAACUUUUUCAUUCUUCAUGGUGACAAAUUUCUUCAAUCGCCUGACGUUUAUGAUAACUUAUAUUAUGAACUAAUACGUAUGCAUUUACUUGUUGAGAAUCUUUAUGAAUAUUCUCUUCAACAUUCAACUAGUACUAACAUGGAGAUUAAAGAUGCUGCAUCUUGUGUUGUACUUCAAUUAAGCACUCUACGAUCGAUUGUUAAUCAUUUCAACGCUAAAAUUGCUUCAUUCUCAACAUUAAAUAAUGUGACUUCUCUUACAGAGAAUCAGGUUUUAGACAUUGUUCGAGCCAAUUAUGAUUCAUUGACAUUAAGAUUUUUAGAAAAUUUAGAUAAAAUUGAAGAGUUUGAGAAUGAAAAUGAAGAUUCAAUAAUGUUUCAUAAUAUUAUUGAAUCGAUCAGUAAACAAAUACGUAAAGAUUGUUUGGAUUCAAGUUUGGAUAUACAAAAUCAAUUACAUGAAUUAUCAUCAAUACCAUGA